AAUAGCGUUGUAGAGGGUCUCUGCCCAAUCUGUGUUACUAGCUGCUAUUCUCUGCGAAGCGGAUGGUUUGCGUAUAUCACAUUCCAGAGCCAUGACCCAGUCUCCAAGUUGACAGCCCUUCCGCGUCAGGAUAAGUGUCCCUGGAAGCUCAACAGGCGCACGGGCUCUAAGCAACAAACUUGUCUUGACAUAGCGCCUUCCGUGGGCUCGGGACGCCCCAAAAUUUUUUGCACACCAGUGGAUUACUUUUGGAGCCGUCAACGUAGUAAACCUGCAACGUUAAAAUGGAAAAUAUAACACGGUGAAAGCUAUCUAUGAUUCUGAAAUUGUCAGUAUGCAAUGUUGUCCUUCAGUCCAUCGUUUUUGCAAAUCAAGUUUGACGAUUUGCAGUUUCAUGAAAACUGUGGCGGGGGAAGUUUUGGUAGUGUGUAUAGAGCAACAUGGUUAUCUCGGGACAAAGAGGUGGCUGUAAAAAAGUUGUUAAAAAUAGAAAAAGAGGCUGAAAUUCUGAGUGUUCUCAGCCACAGGAACAUCAUUCAGUUCUAUGGAGCUGUUCUUGAGUCACCCAACUAUGGCAUAGUAACUGAAUAUGCUCCUGGAGGGUCACUGUAUGAUUAUCUGUCCAGUGCUAAAAGUGAGGAAAUGGACAUGGGUCAAAUCAUGACUUGGGCAACUGAUAUUGCUAAAGGUAUGCAUUACUUACAUAUGGAUGCUCCAGUAAAGGUAAUUCACAGGGAUCUCAAGUCUCGAAAUGUGGUGAUUGCGGCAGACAGAGUGCUAAAGAUUUGUGAUUUUGGUGCCUCUCGGUUUCACUCCCAUACAACACACAUGAGCUUGGUGGGAACCUUUCCAUGGAUGGCACCAGAAGUUAUACAGAGCCUACCAGUGGCUGAAACAUGUGACACCUUCUCCUAUGGUGUGGUUCUAUGGGAAAUGCUGACAAGAGAAAUCCCAUUUAAAGGACUUGAAGGUUUACAAGUGGCCUGGCUAGUCGUGGAGAAAAAUGAGAGAUUGACCAUUCCGAAGGGCUGUCCUGCCAGUUUCGCAGAACUCCUGCAUCAGUGCUGGGAAACGGAUCCCAAAAAAAGGCCAAAUUUUAAACAGGUCUUGGGGAUUCUUGAGAUUAUGUCACAUGACAGCAAACUUCCAGACCAAUGCAAUUCCUUUCUGCAUAAUAAGGCUCAAUGGAGAUGUGAGAUAGAGGCCACUUUAGAAAGACUAAAGAAACUGGAACGAGAUCUGAGCACAAAGGAACAGGAGUUGAAGGAACGAGAAAGACGUUUGAAAAUGUGGGAGCAAAAGUUGGUGGAGCAGUCCAGUGCUCCUUUGCUGCCAUCCUUGGAUAUAUAUUCUUGGACAGAAGAAGAUGUGUAUUUUUGGAUACAACAACUAUUAGAUAAAGGUGACACAGAUUGUUGCAAGAAAGGUUAUGCUGAAUUGUUUAAAAAUCAUCACAUCACUGGACGAAGGUUACUUUUGCUAGCAGAGCAAGAUAUGAAAGACAUGGGAAUACAAUCCAAAGGACAUAUCAUUCAUUUAAAGACUGAAAUUGAAAAACUGACCCUUGACUACUUGAAUCUAUUUCACUUUCCUCCCUUAAUCAAGGAUGAGGAUUCUGAGGAAGGGGAUGUCAGAGAAAAAGUAGUGAAUCUGGAUCUGCUUUUUGGUUAUCAUUUAAAACCGGGCAAAGGAUCUCAGGAUUCUAAAUGGAAAAUGUAUGUGGAAGUGGAUGGUGACAGUGUCGCGUUGACCUACAUCAAGGAUGUAACUUUCAAAGCUAAUCGACAAGACACAGAUAUAAUUAAAAUAACCAAGCCUCCCUACUUAAUGGAGAAGUGGAUUGUGGGAAUUACUGAGAACCAGAUUGUUGAAUGUAUUGUUAAUUAUGAGAAUGAUGUCAAAACUCCAAAAACAACUAAGCACAACCACACUAUCACACUGAAUGCUGCCAACACUGAAAUGAAGGAAGUAGUGCUAGUCAUCCAAGCCAUGCCAACAAAUGCAGAAAACAAGUUUCAGAGCAAAUGCCAGUCAAAUGUUCGUCAACAAUGGUUUGAUAUGUUAAAAUUGCGCAAAAUAUCUACAGGCGACUCAUCACAAUAUUCUGCCAUUUUACCUCCUAACCAAAACACUUCCAGUUCCAUUACGCAAUCUCAAUUGUUUACUUUAUUUGCAAGUCAAGAUACUUAUGCAGCAGUUGUAAGACGUAUGCAGAGCCCCAGCAGAUGCCACAUCACUACUCCUCUGACUCAAUCCAGACAAAGCUCCAGCCCAUUACCUACAAUGCCAGUAUUAUGCAGUCGUAUUUCUACUGUACACCUCAGCUCUGAAGGAAGCAGCCUGUCAAGCACAACCUCAAACAGCAUCUUGGAGAGAGAUCAUACUACCGGUAGACAAAGCAGCGGCUAUCAGAGCAAUGAUUCCAAUGACUUCUUGUUUAAUAAAACAACCACUUCUGAGGGAUUUAACCACAUUAAUAAGAAAGUAGUUAGCCCAGUAUUCAUGCGUGGUAGUGGAAAUAGGCACAUGAGUAAGGAAUAUGGUAGGGAAAGAAGCAAAAGCACACCUAUGAGACAUAACUCUGGAUAUCAAUCAUCAGAAAAGCGGUAUACGCAAUCCAGCCGUUCUCACCAUGCUAAGUCAUGGGGCCCUGAAAGAAACCUACAAAAGCAAUUUCAACAACAUUUAGAGACAGAUAUUAGUGCAGUCUCAGACAUGCAAGGUGCAGGUGGUAAAAGUGCAAAAGAUACAGGUAAAGAGAGGCACAGCAAAACUAAUGAAGGAGAUUGGAUUAAAGUUGAACGGCACAAAAAAUCUCAUAAAAAUGACUCUUUUAAAGUAUCCAGAGGUAGAGGCCGAGGAGGAGGCCGUAGCCGACUGUUCUGACAGAGAGCCUCAAAAGUUGACUUCUGUUUGUCUCAACUGAAAAUGUUAUUUGUAAUUGAACAUCUUUCUGUAAUCUGUAAUAUUUCAAGCAGAUGGACAUAAUUUGCUAAUAGAGAUUGUUACAGAUUUGACUAGGAUUUGAAAUGUUCAAUAGAAUUUAAGCCUGUCACUGAGCCUGUUGUGAUUAUUCAGUCAAAACUCAGUGUUCACCAAAUGGAAUCAGGGUAAAUGUAUGGGAUAGUACUUUAUACUGGCACUGGUUUUAAUAAAACUGCAAUUCUCUGAUAAUUUACUUUUUUUUAUUAUUCAUUGAUGGGAUGAGGGCAUCGCUGGCUAGGCAGCAUUUAUUGCCCAUCCCUAAUUGCCCAGAGGGCAGUUAAGAGUCAACCACAUUGCUGUGGGUCUGGAGUCACAUGUAGCCCAGACCAGGUAAGGAUGGCAGUUUUCCUACCCUAAAGGACAUUAGUGAACCAGAUGGGUUUUUUUGACAAUCGACAAUGGAUUCACAGUUAUCAUUAGAUUCUUAAUUCCAGACAUUUAUUGAAUUCAAAUUCCACCAUCUGCCAUGGCAGGAUUUGAACCUGGGUCUCUAGAAUAUUAUCCGGGUAUCUGGAUUAAUAGUCCAGUGAUAAUACCACAAGGCCAUCACCUAAAAAAACUAACGUGUAUAUUAAAGAGAGUGAGCGAGGGUACAAUAUUUGUGUGCUGUAUAAGAGAUAAUGUGCGUGAGUUGAAUCUUGUGUAGAGAGGGUGAGGAAUAUGGGGCAUUCCCAUAAAAAUGAACACACACAUUGCACUGACAGUGUAUGGAUAUCCCGACAUUGCUUGUUUGUCUUGUCAUCCCCACUGAAUGUUUGGAUGAAAGCAAUCUAUAGGGAAUCAAAAACCCCAAUAUACACCCUAAUAUACAAUUGAAGGAAUACAAGGGUGUAGAGGGUACACUGUAGCUAUACAAAGAUCCAGUUAGACCAAAUGUGUAAUAAUGUGAACAGAUCCAAGCAUCACAUCUUAGGAACAAUCUUUGGGCUUGAGAGAGAAUACUGCACAGGUUUGCUAGACUGAUAAUGGGAUCCCAAGGAUUAAAUUAGGAGAAAAGCUUACAUAAACUAGGCAUGUUUUUGCACAUUACAAUGUUAAGGGAUGAUUUGGUUGAUGUUUUCUGAGAUUAAGGGGAACGGAUAAGGUAGAUAAUGAAAAACUAUUUCCACUGGUUAAGGAGUCCAGGACAAGAGGGGGCUAGUUUAAAAAUUAUAGCCAGUGUAAGAAUUUCAGGAGUAAAAUUAAAAAUCACUUCUUAAUGCAAAGGAUCACAGAAGUUUGGAAUUCUGUUCUGCAACCAGCAGUUGGUGCUAGUUGAUUAUAAUUAAAGAUUGAUUUUUGUUAACUAAAGGUAUAAUGGGACACAAGUAUGCAGAGCAAAGUUACAGAAAAACUAUUUGGAACAGACUCGAGAUGCUCAAAAACCUACUCCUCUUCAUGUUUUUUUUUGGUAAUAUAUUUGUGUGUUUGUUCUGAUAUGAUUUUGUAAAUCUGUUUGAAAAUGCAUUUUUGGUGGCUGGAUUUACUAUAGCACAUCUUAUGGAUACAGAAGACUGUUUAUAUACUAAAUGCAAUGCAUGCUCAUUCCUUGACUCGUUGUCUUAUUUGGUAAUAAACUUCAG